AUGAUUCAGUUUCAUUGCCACGGUUUCUACAAGGAUCCACACCUCUUGUUGGCUCUUUUGCUGUUCUGUACUCAACCGUGCCGGGCGUUUAACAUUGACGUGCGGUUCCCAGUAGUGAAGGAGGGAAAGACGUCGGGCAGUUUGUUUGGACUGUCGGUCGCCUUUCAUAAGCAGGCAGUUGGACAGGAGAAAUACUUACUUCUUGUGGGGGCACCAAAAGAGAGGGCGGAGCCUAAGGUACCAGCCAAUGAGACUGGGGAUAUGUACGCCUGUCCAAUCAGCACAGACCCUACGGACUGCAUUAGAAUGAACCUGGUCAGCUCAGAUUUGACAGGUCAAGAUGAGGUUUUGGAUGGGAUGUGGCUUGGUGUGUCAGUGGAUAGUCAGAAACUACCAGGAGGGCGUGUUCUGGCUUGUGGUCAUCGAUAUGUGAGAAUCAUGAGUAGCAUCAACUGGCGUAUGAUUGGAAGGUGCUAUAUCCGUAGUAAUGACCUGUCAUAUGAUCCCGGUGACUUCCUGUGGCAGUCAUAUUAUGAGGUGUGUAAUCCUAAUGGGAAUGAGUUGAGGGAGGGAAUGUGUACCAUGGGUAUAUCUGCUGCCAUUACCCAAUCUGAGGUCAUCGUGGGCUCUCCAGGGUGUUACAACUGGCAAGGAAACGCAGAUGUCAUUUGGAGAGACACUGCUAGGCUAGAUAGUCAAAAUUUCAACUUUCCAGACAUGAGGAGAGGAAAUAUCUACAUAGGUUACUCUGUAGCAAUAGAGCAUGGAUUGCUGAGCAGGGAGAAGGAGACAGUAGUGACUGGUGCUCCCAGAGACAAUGCCAAGGGCUCUGUCUUUCUGGCCAAUAUCAUCCAAAACGAAGACCAGUUAAAGGAAAAAGUCAUUAUUGAAGGGGAACAGGUUGGCUCCUAUUUUGGCAACAGCAUCGCUGUCCUGGAUGUGAACAACGAUAGUUGGAAUGACAUUAUUGUUGGGGCUCCAUUUUAUUUUGAUCGGAUGAAAGAGGAAGGAGGGGCAGUUUAUGUCUUCAUGAACGAGAAUGGCUCUUUCCAGAAAAGUGCAGCUUCAUCUAAAAUGAUCCUCAAGGGACCCAAGAAUUCAGGCUUUGGUAUGGCUGUAGCUGCCAUUGGUGAUGCCAACCAAGAUGGCUUUCAAGACCUUGCAGUGGGUGCUCCAUACUAUGGAUCCGGCUGUGUGUAUAUUUUCACGGGUAGUAAAACUGGCAUUUUGCCUAAGCCGAGUCAGGUAAUAGAGGGAAAGGAGAUCCCAGGUGGAAAUUUCCAGACAUUUGGGUACUCCAUCAGAGGAGGAGUGGAUGUCGAUGAGAAUAGUUAUCCUGACAUGGUGGUGGGGUCCCUGGAUGACCGUGUGGUCUUGUUGAGGACCAGGCCCGUCAUUCAUCUGAAGAGGAAUAUGACCUUGACACCACAGACUAUCGACCCUGAGAAUUGUGACUCCUGUGUGGAGGCAACAGUUUGCUUCAGUUACACGGUCAGCACAGGAGAUUCCAGCUUCAGGGAGACCAUUGAGGUGAAUUACACAGUGAAGGCGGAUGUACUCCACCAUGGCACACACAGCCGUCUUCAUUUCCUCGACAACAAGGACGUUUACACAGGGACCGUAUCCAUGCCCUCCUCACAGUGCCAGACUUUAAAACUGAAACUUGUGAAACCCAUCCGAGACAAAGUUUCACCAGUUGUGUUCUCCUUGACUGUGUCUUUGCUGGAGCCAGAUACAAAACCAGGCCCAAGCCUCCAGAACCUGAACGCAUUCCCUGUGAUCAGCGAGGGAGAAGUUCUGAUGGAGAACAAAGAGAUCCAUUUCCAGAAAGCCUGUGGAUCAGACAACAAGUGCGAAAGUAACCUGCAGAUGGCUGCCAGGGUUUCCGAUGAAAACAUGCAUCCUUUUCCUAGUGAGAAAGGUCACCAGGUCAUGCAGUUUAAUACCAGCAUCAGAAAGCUGAUCCUGGAUGUGAAUGUGACGAACCUUCCAUCAGAGGAAAAGAGGGCAGAGGACGCUCACUAUACCACUCUCAAUGUCACCGUCUCUCCUACUCUCCAGUUCUCCGGCUUCCGCCCCAAGGAUUCAAGUAUCUUUUGUUCGCCUGUGAACUCAGCUGUUGUGUGUGAACUGGGCAAUCCAUUCAGCAGCAACCGCAAGGCUCAGAUCGCCAUCCUCUUUGAGACUUCAAUGAUCACUCUGGACACCCCACAGAUAGACUUUGAUCUACAGUUAUCAACACUGAGUGAACAGAGUGACCUGACGCCAGUGCAUGUGAUCCUUAAGGUGAACUACAUAUUAGACGCAUCGUUUCAUCUUGAACACCCAAGAUCUCAGGUAUACUUCAGUGGGAAAGUCAUAGGACAAUCAGCCAUGAAAUCCACCAAUGAUAUCGGAAGCCCUGUGGAAUUCACAUACAAGGUGUCCAUACAAGGAAAGCCACUAGGGAGCCUGGGUACUCUAAUGGUUGUCUUUGAUUGGCCCUAUGAGGUAGCCAAUGGGAAGUGGCUGUUGUAUCUGUCAGAAAUCCAAAUCAUGGGGGCAUCCAGUCACUUCUGUGAGCCCCCAGGGAAUGUUGUCAAUCCUCUGAACCUGACGGUCUCAGAGCGCAAGAUUAGCCGGAGAAAAAGAGAUGAAGGCUCAGUAGAGGUUGAACACACCGAAUCUCAGGCCUCUUUCAAAACCAGGGGCCUUCAUAAGCAGUCUGUCCAGCUGAACUGUGCCACAGGUGGUGCCCGCUGUCACCGGUUCUCCUGCCCCCUAAAAAACAUGACUGAUUCAGCCAACGUCACCGUCAGAGCCCGACUGUGGAACAGUACAAUGCUGGAGGACUUCAAAGAUGCUUGGAGGGUAACUGUGAAUGGCCAGGCCAUCCUGACCUUGACGACCACAAAAGCAACUAUUACGAUGAAAAAUGUACCCAGUGAGUUUAUUCUGGAGAUAGAGCCUGAGUUUGAGGAGGAUGCUCCAUACGAGGCUCCACUGUGGAUUAUUAUCGUGUCGGUGUUGGUGGGGGUCCUGCUGCUGGGUUUAAUCACUCUGGUCUUAUGGAAGUGUGGCUUCUUUGUCCAAGCUGGGUACUUCAGGGUUGUACCCAAAUACCACGGAGUGAAAAUUGGCAGAGAGGAGCAUUAUCAGAUCAAUGAGGGGUUCUUUGCUGAAGGCUCAAACAAGAAGCAGUGGAUGACAAUUUGGACAGAAAUGUAACUUGUACUACUGAUUCUACCUCUGCCAAGUUUACUCUUGCAUUCCACUGGACUACAGAAGACUGGCC